AUGGCCAAUAUAGCUGACACGUAUGACGACUUGACAGUCUCGCUCGAACCACACCUCCUCGAAUCUCUGCGAAAUGUGCAAAGUCGACUAUCACCUCCUCUCUCCGAAAAAAUCGCAGCAUACACUUCACCCUCGUCAUCCUCAGAAAAGGCCUCAGACGUGCCAACCAUUCCGUACAAACUUCUCCUGAACCUCUCGCAGUGGGCGCGUUCUCCGGCCGGACUAUCCGCCUUGAAGGAACCCCCAUUGCCAAAUGUGCCUGCACUCGAUUCAGCAGACUAUACCAUGAUCUCUCUUCUUGCAGGAACUACGACCUCCCCAAACCGUCGCUUUCCUGCCCAAGUGCCAACGAAAGACGCAGCCGAGGACGCAAAGAGGCAAUUAAACGACAGGAGAGCAAUUGUUGCGGUGAUCAAUGCUUUACUCAGUGUAGCUGGUACAGGGGGAGCUGUUUGGUGGGCCGCGGGGUCUAUUGGGUGGAGAGAUGAAUGGAGAGUCCUUCUCUCUUUCCUCGCGGCGGCAGUCGUUGCAUUCUCCGAAGUCGUUCUCUAUAUUAUUUGGGAGUCAAGGCGGAAUACUCCUUCGAACAAGGGCCUUCCACGCCAAGCAACACUUUCGGACAAGAAAGACGACGGUCCCGCGGAGCCACUACCUUUAGCGGAGGAUGAUUCUGUUACAGGCGAUUCGACACUGCGUCGUCGAAUAGAAUCGAAAGCGAGCAUGGAUGAUGAAAAUAUACAGUAA